AUGGCGCCAACAGUCAAGAUUGCAGUAAUCCAACUCUAUCCAAAACCAAUGCAACUCGAACACAACUUCGAGAAAGCAGCAAACUUUAUUCGAUCCGCAGCCGCUCAGGGUGCCGAGAUUGCGGUUCUGCCCGAGUAUCACUUGACGAAUUGGAAACCCAAAGAUCCAGCCUUUGUGGGGCUUUGCGACCAGUGGGGAGUGUAUUUGAAGAAAUAUCAGGAUUUGGCGAAAGAGUGUGGCAUCUGCAUUGUACCUGGAACGAUUGUGGAAAGCCACCGCGAGGAACAGAAGGAAGAGGACAGGCUGCUGAAUGUGUGCUAUUUCAUCGAUAACAAAGGGGAAAUUGUAGGAAAGUAUGUCAAGAAGAACCUGUGGGGUCCAGAGAGAGACCACCUGACUAGUUCAGGACAAGACAUGCACGAAGUCUUCGAUACCCCAAUCGGCAAGGUCGGCUUGUUGAUCUGCUGGGACCUCGCCUUCCCCGAGGCGUUUCGAGAACUCAUUGCGCAAGGCGCAAAGAUCAUCAUUAUUCCGACGUUCUGGUCGCUCAACGACUGCAAUGAAGCUGGGUUGAAACUCAAUCCUUCGGCAGAAGCACUCUUCUUGGAUUCCAUGCUCACAGCUCGCGCGUUUGAGAAUACUUGCGCCAUUGUGUUUGCUAACGCAGGAGGACCUCCUGGGCGAGGGUAUGCGGGGCUCUCGCAAGUCACGGUACCGUUUGUAGGGGCACUGACCAAGUUGGGUGGAAGUGCGGAGGGAAUGAGCGUUGUUGAUGUUGAUAUGCAGAUUUUGGAAGACGCGGAGGACAACUACAAGGUUAGGAGCGACAUCGCGAGGGAUGACUGGCAUUACGAUUACAGACAUUCAAAGACCAAAGAGAGGUUGUGA